AUGCGAUUUCCUUCAAGCUCUUACGGGCAGACAAGCCUCAACGUUCUUUUCGGGAGAGCCGAUGUCUGUGAUGAGGCUUUCCCGGGCGAGGGUGCAAGCACUGAUUUCUGUUCUCCAAGUAAUACGUUGUGCUGUGUGCGAAAAGGUCAACAAUAUCCGGCAUGUGAAAGUGGCAUUGGUAAAGGAUGGUGUUGUACCGGAACCGGCUCGAGCAAUUGCUACGUCGACCAAGCCUCCGCCUGCGACGAACCCAACGCCGUGCCCUGUACCAACCUCAAAAAGGGCGUCGCCAAAGCCUGCUGCCCGCGCCUGACCAGCUGUUCUGACGGCUAUGAAGCCAGCGAGGAAUUCGUCCGGUGUAACAUACAGUACGACGACUUGUUCCAUCCCACCGUCGUUGUGACAGCUACACUCUCAGAGAGUGGGAAGGUAUCAACAGUAACGUUGAGUCCUUCAUCGUCAUCAUCGAGCACGUCGUCGACGAUAACAUCCUCUAGCAGUCGGGCCGCCGGGACAGGUAGCACGCAGCCAUCGGAAUCGACUCCCCUCCCCGGCAUUCCUGUACCAUCGAGCACAACACCAACACAGCAAGGCCCCUCCCCCACUCCGGAAUCAUCGCCAGCAAUCUCCACCGGCGCCAUAGCAGGAAUCUGCGUUUCCGUCACUCUCGCAUGCGCCCUCGUCGCCGUUCUGAUUUGGAUCAUCCUCCGCCGUCGUAGGAAAACGGCAGCCGAAAAAUCCUCGGCUCCAUCAGACAGCAACCAAAGUGGAAGCGACCAAGACACGGGCAGAGAUGUGGGUAGUCCGCUCGUCGAACUACCGCAUACCCACACCUACUCCGAAGCACCAGGUGAUAGUCGUCCGUAUCCGUACGUUGUUGGGCAGAAUGGGGUGGAGUAUUAUAAGCCAAUGGAGUUAAUGACAGAGAGGGUGAUGCCGGUUGAGUUGCAGGGUGGUGCGCAGAUGGGGGCGCCGGGGCAAUGGCAGGAGCAGCAGCAGUAUGGACCGUUUGAGAUUAUGACAAAUCCGAGAGGGUCGGGGGGAAUAGAGAUGCCGAGGGCUGAACUGGCGGCGGCGACGCCUAGGGCAGAAUUGGGGACAGCGACCGCGCGGUGUAAAUGGCAUCCAGGGCGGUGGCCCGGGGCCAAGUUGGAUGCUGGGAAAAAGGUGCGGCUAGAACUGCCGGCGAUGGGCGGUUUGCCGACGGUGAAUGACCAGACGUCCCAAAGUCCGAUGGCGUCGUCUUCCGGGGGGCCAGACGGGGGAGACAUCCUGCGCGUUCUGAUCGACACCCGCGCCAUCUUGAGCGUCCCUUACGACAGGCUUGCCGACGAGUGUGUUCGCGUUGCCCUCCGCAUCCAGCUCCCCUCAGCCACACCCUCUGACACCAAUGAACCAUCAGCCGGUGUAGCUCCCUUCUGGAAAUUCAAAGGCGCCAUAGCCAGCGUUUACGUUAUGCAUCCUCCUCUUCUCGGCUUCUUUCGCCCUCCUCGUCUUUGGUCUCCGACUCGUAUUAUGCCGCUUGGCCAAAAGGACAGCUACCGGAAGGGAACGGGGAGCAGGAUGAUAAGGACGGAUUCGCAGUGUUGGAGGAUACGCAGGUCAAGUCGACUCUGUUCUGAACGGGGAGGGGCCGUAAGCAGGCAUCGAGGCGAGGGAGGGACGUCGGCGACGAGACAAUGUGGUGCGGUUAUUUCGCGCUUGGAUGGAGGACGCGAUCGAGGACGGAGACAAGUGCAGGCGGCGCGAUUGGGAGGAUGGACGAUCAAGAACCCUGCAGGCUCAAGGCACGAAUUGGCAACAGGAAUGGGUGGACAUUGUGCGCUGAGAGGGAUCGCGGGAAAGUAA